AGAAGAAGCAAGAAAACAAAUGAAUUGAGACCCGAAAGGGACCCCUCUCCCCUACUCUACACGCCCUAGGCGAAGCAAGAAGAAGCAGCAGAAAUACCCAUCAUUUAGAAAUGAUGCACCAAAACUGGCGGAGACUCUCAAAUUUAGCACAACAAUGUCACAAACAGAGGAGCCUCCAACCCAAUCCAUCAGCCCCACCAGCAGCAACAGCAGCAGCAGCAGCAAGCGCGUUCGAGAUUCCAGCAAGCACCCACUCUACCGCGGCGUCCGAAUGCGCGCUUGGGGCAAAUGGGUGUCCGAAAUCCGCGAGCCGCGUAAGAAAUCCCGCAUUUGGCUCGGCACCUUCCCCACACCCGAGAUGGCCGCUAGAGCCCACGACGUCGCUGCCUUAUCCAUCAAAGGCAACAAUUCCGCCAUUCUCAACUUCCCUGAACUCGCCCACUCCCUCCCCCGCCCUGCCUCCUUCGCCCCUCGCGACAUCCAAGCCGCUGCCGCUAAAGCCGCCCACAUGGACCCUUCCCAAUACUCUGCUUCCUCCGCCGCCCCCGACGAUUCCGACGACCUCGCAGAGAUCAUCAAACUCCCCAAUCUAGGCACCAACUACGACCACUCCAUCGGCAAUAACGAAUUUGUCCUCAUGGAUUCAAGCGAGAGCUGCUGGGCUUAUCCGCCGCCCUGGGUUCGAACCAUGGAGGAUACAACGGAGGAUGGUAAUUUCUUGAGGGAUUAUUGAAUUUAGGCUUAAUUGUAUAAAUGGGUUUAUCAAAAUUUGUAAUUAGAUUGUUGUUGUGUUAAGUUACUACUGUUUUUAAUUAAUGCAUUUAACUUUCCGUGGUC